GCUACAGGGACUUGCCGAUAGGGGUGACGGCGGCAACAUGUCUGUGGCGUUCGCAGCCCCAAGGCAGCGAGGCAAGGGGGAGAUCACUCCCGCCGCGAUUCAGAAGAUGUUGGAUGAAAAUAACCAUCUUAUUCAGUGUAUAAUGGACUAUCAGAAUAAAGGAAAGACCACAGAGUGUUCUCAGUAUCAGCAGAUGUUGCAUACAAACUUGGUAUACCUUGCAACAAUAGCAGAUUCUAAUCAAAAUAUGCAGUCUCUUUUACCAGCACCACCUACACAGAAUAUGCCUAUGGGUCCUGGGGGGAUGAGUCAGAGUGGUCCUCCCCCACCUCCACGCUCUCACAACAUGCCUUCAGAUGGAAUGGUAGGUGGGGGUCCUCCUGCACCACACAUGCAGAACCAGAUGAACGGCCAGAUGCCUGGGCCUAACCAUAUGCCUAUGCAGGGACCAGGACCCAAUCAACUCAAUAUGACGAACAGUUCCAUGAAUAUGCCUUCUAGUAGCCAUGGAUCCAUGGGAGGUUAUAACCAUUCUGUGCCAUCAUCGCAGAGCAUGCCAGUACAGAAUCAGAUGACAAUGAGUCAAGGGCAACCAAUGGGAAACUAUGGCCCCAGACCAAAUAUGAAUAUGCAGCCAAACCAAGGUCCAAUGAUGCAUCAGCAGCCUCCUUCUCAGCAGUACAAUAUGCCACAGGGAGGUGGGCAACAUUACCAAGGACAGCAGCCACCUAUGGGAAUGAUGGGUCAAGUUAACCAAGGCAAUCAUAUGAUGGGUCAGAGACAGAUUCCUCCCUAUAGACCACCUCAACAGGGCCCACCACAGCAGUACUCAGGCCAGGAAGACUAUUAUGGGGACCAAUACAGUCAUGGUGGACAAGGUCCUCCAGAAGGCAUGAACCAGCAAUAUUACCCUGAUGGUCAUAAUGAUUACGGUUAUCAGCAACCGUCGUAUCCUGAACAAGGCUACGAUAGGCCUUAUGAGGAUUCCUCACAACAUUACUACGAAGGAGGAAAUUCACAGUAUGGCCAACAGCAAGAUGCUUACCAGGGACCACCUCCACAACAGGGAUAUCCACCCCAGCAACAGCAGUACCCGGGGCAGCAAGGUUACCCAGGACAGCAACAGGGCUAUGAUAAACUAGUAAUUCGUUUAGGAGGAACCACAAACCGGAGGUGGUUUGUUCACCAAAG